GCAUACUAACAGAAGUCAUACUAAGGUAUACAACACCGGCUCACUAAAAUAUUUAGUCGUAAGGCAAACCAGACAGUGCACCUGCAAGUCAAACGCGAAUCGGUCGUCAAGCGAAUAAGAGCUGAAAGUUAAUAGCUAUUCACUUUGAGGCAUGGAGAAGUUUACCAUUACGAUUGCUGAAGAAUCCCAGUUUAAGGCUAUUGGGUAUUUCCUUUAUGAAGAUUACUUACAACGGGAAAGGUGCUGUGUGACUUCUGGGCUAUCUGCAGAAUUGUUGGAAACAGGUUUGCAGUUGAGUGACGAAAACAAGAGUGAAAUUAUAAAGGCACUGCAGGAAAAUCUUACCCUUGUUGCUGUUGAUAAUGAUGACCAAGGAGCAAUAGCUGGUGUAGCCAUCAACGUCAAAGGAAAGGAUGAAGCUGAUCUGGACUUGACCAAAUUUCCAAAAAGUAGACAAGCUAUCAUGAAAUUUGUAAACAAUCUUAAGGAAGGACAUGACAAUACCAAAGAGUAUAAUGGUCAAGGCCUAUAUUUGUGGAUGCUUGGUGUCAGGCAAAUCCAUUCUGGAAAAGGUCUCGCCAAGAGAUUGAUAGAAAAAUCCAUUGAAUUGGCUCAGCAGCAGAGCAUGGCCUUCAUUGACAGUAUUGCUACUUCUCCUGAAACUGUACAUCUCUUUGAAGUCAUGGGCUUUGAAACCAAAUCUGAAAUGAAAUUUCAAGAUUUUUUAAUGGAUGAAUCUACACCUGGAUUUCCUCAUGCAACAGCUUCAGACAAGGCAAGAUUUACAGUCAAGAAGCUUUGAAUCAUUGUUUGCUGGUCAAUGAAUGUGAUGAGAAAUUCUAGUUGGAAAUUGGAAAUCUAAUUGAAAAGAAGAUAAUCAAGUGUGGUGCAUAAUUUAAUUGUACUUUAUGGCUUGAGCGUCUCGCCACAUUGGAAAUUUGAUUGGAAACAAACAGUUUCGUCUGCAA